UUAAGAAAAUGAUCAUAUUUGAACUUUUGAUAGGAAAUAAAAUGAUUUGCCUUUUGUGUUUUUGUGUGCUCUAGAAAUCCUCACCAGACAGCUUCCUGUUUCCUGAGAAUCAUUACGUGAUCAGCUACAGGGAUGAAAGUCUUCAAGUUGAUAGGAGGGAUGGUCAUCCUCACCUCUUUGUUUUUCACCUGUUUGGGGCAAAUUCCAAUCACUGUAUUCUGCUCUAUAGACUGGUUCAUGGUUACAGUACACCCCUUCAUGUUGAACAGCAAUGUAUAUGUACACUUUCAUGAGUUACACUUGGGCCAGGGUUGCCCUGUCAAUCAUGUUCAGUCACAUAUCUACAAGUUUACCUACCGUGUUACCGAAUGUGGCAUCAGAGCCAAAGCUAUCUCUCAGGAUAUGGUUAUGUACAGCACUGAGAUACAUUGUGCUUCAAAGUCUACCUCAACUAAAUACACAUUUCCAGUGUCAUGCACUGCCCCCCAGUACUCCCCAUGGCUCACUACUCCCUACUGCAUGAAAGAAGCCAGCAAGAUACAAACCACAACCCAGGAUGGUGAGACAGGCUACGAGGUGUUCACCUUGUCACAGUCCAGCCAGAGGCCCAACUGCAAUUGUCCACCUUGUGUCUUCAACGAGGAGUGUGCCCAGGCUCCACAGCAUAAAGCAGAGGCUCAGAAGGGCCAUUCUAAGCAGUCAUUUUUAUUUGUGGCUAUAUCUGAGGAUUGA